AUGAACGUGAAAUCCUCGUCUGCUUUCCGAUCGGAGCACAGCUUUCACCGGUCAGCGUCACCCGCCGGCACCAUGGAGCUUUUUGGGAGCUUCGUCCGGCCCCGGGGUGAGACCUUGGGGUUCCCAGCUCGACCUGGCAACGCCGGCACGGUGAAGACCUUGGGCAACACCUAUCAGUUCACGGUGGACGUCUGUGACUUCGCCCCCGAGGACAUCAUCGUCACUACUUCCAACAACCAGAUCGAGGUGCACGCCGAGAAGCUGGCUGCAGACGGCACUGUCAUGAACACCUUCACCCACAAAUGCCAGCUGCCCGAAGAUGUGGACCCCACUUCGGUAUCAUCCUCGCUGGGGGACGAUGGCACGUUGACCAUCCGGGCUCAGCGACAGCCCGCCAAGCACGCCGACCACGUCCAGCAAACCUUCCGGACUGAGAUCAAGAUCUGA